GGGAGAGGGACAGACACAGACACAGACAGAGAGAGUCUCACACCCACUGAGUGACCGUCAGACUCCAAUCUACCAACCCAGGGGUUGCUUGGAUUCUCAGUAUCGCUUCUGGAUAGCAGCAAACGAUGUCUGCCAAAGGAAAGGGUUCCAGAUCGGGAUAUCGAGGCAGCGUGAAAGCCGCUCAGGACUUUUCUGCUAAUCAAGAUGCAGAAAAUCUGUACAACGCGAUGAAAGGAUUUGGCAGUGAUAAAGAAACCAUCAUUGACUUACUGACCUCCAGGUCCAAUGCACAACGCCAGCAGAUCUGUACGAGCUACAAGACCCUCUAUGGAAGGGAUCUGAUUGAUGACCUGAAGUAUGAACUGACAGGAAAAUUUGAGAGACUGAUCAUUGGCCUCAUGAGACCUCCCGCAGUCUACGAUGCCAAAGAGCUGAGAGACGCGAUCAAGGGACUAGGCACAGACGAGAAAGCCUUGAUUGAAAUCCUUGCCUCCAGAAACAACAAGCAAAUCCAUGAGCUCGCCGCAGCUUACAAAGAAGUGUAUGAGUCCGAUGUGGAAGCAGAUGUUGUUGGAGACACAUCGGGACAUUUUAAGAAGAUGCUAGUGGUGCUUCUGCAGGGGACCAGGGAAGCAGACGAUGUAGUGAGCGAGGAUCUCGUGGCUCAGGAUGCACAGGAGCUGUAUGAAGCUGGAGAGUUACAGUGGGGAACUACAGAGAGUUCGUUCAUUACUAUUCUCGGAAGCCGGAGCUAUUGUCACCUUCAGUUGGUUUUCGAUGAGUAUCAGAAGAUUGCUGGGAAGGAAAUUGAAGAGAGUUUGAGGGGUGAACUCUCGGGGGACUUUGAGAAGCUGAUGCUUGCCGUGGUCCGAUGUGCCAGAAAUACCCAGGAAUAUUUCGCUUCCAGACUAUACAAGGCGAUGAAGGGGAUGGGGACAAGGGACAACACUCUGAUCCGAAUCAUGAUUUCUCGCAGUGAGAUCGACAUGUUGGACAUCAGGGAGGAGUUCCGAAUGAAGUACGAGAAAUCGCUGCACAAUAUGAUAAGGAGUGACACCUCUGGAGAAUACAAACGAGCUCUGCUGCGGUUGUGUGGAGGAGAUGAUGAUGCUGCAGGUGAAUUCUUCCCCGAGGCCGCACAGGUCGCCUAUCAGAUUUGGGAAGUCAGUGCCGCCAGACGGAUCGAGCUCAAAGGGACGGUGAGACCCGCUCCUGAUUUCAAACCAGAAGUGGACGCCAAGGCACUCCGCAAAGCCAUGAAGGGAUUCGGCACUGAUGAAGAAACAAUCAUCAACAUACUUACCCAGAGAAGCAAUGCACAGAGACAACAACUGAGACAACAGUUCAAAUCCCAACUGGGCAGGGACCUGAUGGCAGACGUGAAGUCGGAGGUGGGUGGACCACUGCAGAAGAUUCUGCUCGGUUUGUUGAUGACUCCGGCUCAGUUUGAUGCGAAGCAGCUGCAGAAAGCUAUCAAGGGUGCGGGUACAGACGAGAGGGCCCUGAUUGAAAUCCUAACCACAAGAACAAACCAGGAGAUAAGAAUGAUCAAUGAAGCUUACAAGGAUGCCUACCACAAGAGUCUAGAGGAUGACAUAAGCAUGGAUACAUCUGGCCACUUUAAGAGACUCCUGAUUUCACUGAUUCAGGGGAACCGAGAGGAGGGGGAAGCAGAUCUGGCCCGCGCCAUGGAGGAUGCAAAGGAGCUGUGUGGCUCAACCGACGAAGACUCGGGCUCCAUGGAGUCAAAGUUCAUCAGCAUCUUGUGUAUGAGGAGCUACCCCCACCUCAGGAGAGUUUUCCAGGAUUACAUCAAACUCACCAACAGAGAUAUCGAGCAGACCAUCAAGAAUGAUAUAUCUGGAGACGUGAGGAAUGCACUGAUCGCUAUCGUUCGCAACAUCAAGAACAUGCCAGGUUUCUUUGCUGAACGCCUCUACAAGUCGAUGAAGGGAGCGGGGACAGAUGACAAGACCCUGAUCAGGAUCAUGGUGUCCAGGAGCGAAAUUGACCUGAUGAACAUCCGACACGACUUCAAAGAGAUGUAUGAUGCGUCGCUGUACUCCUUUAUAGAGGGAGAUACUUCAGGGGACUACAGACAGGUCCUGCUGGCACUCUGUGGUGGUGAAGACUAGGAGCCAUCAUCCCAUUGGACUAUGUGGCUGCUGUCCUGAACGUUGGAGAGAUACAGGACGGACACCACCAAUAUCCACUGUUAAAGCAAGGCCUGAUGGGACAUCGGCAAGGGGAGAGAGGGGAAAGGGACGGUCACCAGUCCUUCAACGUCCCCAGCCAACGCCAUGUUUGUAUCUGUCAAUGUGCUGAAUCACGAGUUGAGCUUGGCAGUCCCUUUAACCCUCUCUUCAUCAUGACCAGUCACCCCAGUGACCUUCCGUUAGUUCACAAUCCAGUCUCUAGCUGUGUGUGUGUUAAGCGAUAGUCAGUACUGAGCUCUGCCGUAUAGUACAUCUCUGUUUCAUUGUGUAGCUCCAUGAUUGGUCUUGGAAGGUCUCCCUACCCUUCACCCCUCAAUAUCAGCCACCUCAUUUUUUGGGGGGGGUAUUCUGCCCUGUUACCUCAAACAUUGCCCUGCCUCCCCAAUGCCAUUUCCAGUCUCUCCAAACUCCACGAGAUCCACACGAUCCUUACCCCUCACUCAGAAUAUCCCUUCCUCUCAGAAUAUCGCCACCUAAUUUUCAACCUUCUCCACACCCACCCACCCCCACCCACACCCACCACACUCUCACACCCACCCCCACACCCAACCCACACUCCGCAUCCCCACACACCCCACCCCCACACACUCCCACACCCACCCCCACACUCCGCAUCCCCACACAUCCCACCCCCACCCUCUCUACACCCCAUCCCCACACACCCCAUCCCCACACAUCCCACCCCACCCUCUCUACACCCCAUCCCCACACACCCCACCCCCACACACUCCCACCCCCACCCCCAUACCCAACCCCACUCCCCCACUCCACACCCCCGCACCCACCGCCACACCCCAUCCCCACACCACACCCACACCCUCACACCCCCACCCCCACAUAUACCACACCACCACCACCCCCAACCCACCCCAGCACCCCACCCCCACACAACCCCUACCCCACCCCACACCACCCAACCCCACUCCCCCACACCUUCACAUCAUCCCCACACCCACCCCACCCCCACACACAUACACAGGCACACAGACACAGAGACAAACAUUUACAGACGGAGACACACACACACACACACACACACACACACACACACACACACACACACACACACACACUCUCCCCUGCAGUUCUCCCCUCAGUUUCCCUGCUCCUGCCCACUCGAUCGCUCCACCUCAAUCCUGGCUCUGACAAUCUCUCACUCUGCUGCCUGACCUCCAAAUGUCUUAUUUCAAUCAACUUUUUAACAAUAUAAUUUUCAGCCUACUCUCUCGUAUCAGGAAUGUGUUUGAAGAUGUGUUUUUUUAAACAGACAUUUCUCCUGUGCUGUGGGGCUGCCUUUUAAAUUGGACUCCACCUUCAUUGUACACCUUCAGACUCCAUUGUUCAUGCCCUCCUCCAUCCCCUCCCCCUUCCUCACCCUCCUCAUUCCCACCCAUCCCAUGCUUCUCACCCCCUCCUUCCACCACCCUCUCACUAAUUUUCCCAGCCCCAGUAAAUCAAACCCCAUUUUAUUUCCUUAAGAACAUAGGACCCAGGAGGAGAAGUAGGCCAUUUAGCCCAUUUAGUUCAAUGAGAUGGUGGUUGAUCUGUCAAUCUAUAACUUUGAUGCACUGACUGAUUUCCUGCCUCGAAACCAAACUCCCGGGAUGGAUCCAGAGGAGUUCUGUUCCAGUUUAAGCUCAGACCGCGGUCACCGCUAGCGUUUGCGAUAAAUUCUACGCCCCUCAGUCACGAAGGAGAGCUCCCAAUCCUCUGGCCAGCCCUGAGUUGUUGAAGAAAAUCAUCUGGGAUUUGUAAAGAUUAGGUGUUUUAGUCCUUUCCUUCCAAUACGUCCAUCUGUAAAAAUAACGGAGCUGAAGGAGUGGAAGGGUUUCUGGAAAGUCAAGGAGUGGGUAGUAGCUACACCCUCCCCAAAUACCAUUCAUCCAAGGACAGGACGCUCUAUCCUGACCCUUGCUCUUGGCAGUGAGAAGCGUUUGACAGUAGGUCCUCAAUGGGUGCACAGUUGUCGACCUCAGCCACCAUUCUGUGUCUUCUGCACGUUCUUGGGAACCUCCUCAGCCCCACCCCUGUGCUGCUAACGAGCUUGCAUUAUUUUUUAACAAAAGACACAGAAGUUGCAAUAAACUUGUGAAGGUCCA